CGGGGCAGACCCAGCGGUGCCUUCUCCCGCGGAGCCGCAGCUGGAACACCCCGACGGCUGCGGCGCCGGUCUCUCCGUUCUUCCCCGCGGACUUGGCUUUGCGCGGUGCAGCCCCCGCCGGGUGUCCCAGCGCAGGCCCCGCGUCCUCGGCCGAACCGCGGCUUUUCUGCCUCGCAGGGACUCGGCUGGCUCGGAGGGGCAGAGAGGGGGGGAGCCCAAUGCUCAUUUACCGCUCCCGAAUGUGGGCUCCAGGCCCCCUCGGGAGGGUCUCCUUUAGCAUGUACUGACUUUCCCGCGGGAGACACCAUCACUCAUCUGGAAUUGCCCAUCCUGCCCUGGACACGGUCCUAUGGAGAGGAGGGUCCUCCUAACAGGCUGUCCCUGGAGACACUGCACAGCCAGCGCUGCCCUGCGGCUAACUGCCCGCUGUUUCCGAUGCUCCAGGAACAACCAGCCUUCACACAGGAGAAGGCAGCUUUUGAGAGAGAGCAUUUGUCUUGCUGCCCCACAGUUCUGUCUUCAGAGGGAGAUACACGGUCCCAGAUAACUCUCUCAGGACUAACUGAUCCAUGUCUGUAGGAGACUGGUGCUCUGCAUGGCCUUCCAGAAGAUCUUCCUGACUUCCCACACAUACAAACCAUCUCACUGGUGCCAGGAGCUUGCUGCUGGGAUUGCUGCUCCCUCCCUGCUGUUCCCUGAGGCCUGAACUCUCUUCCGUUUACUGCAUCGCCAUGGCCUGUGGAGGGUCCCCUGUGUGCAAGUUGCUUCUGGGAAGACUGAGGUAGAAUUGAAAUGGGGGACUGAGGAGUAAGCAAGGUUAUUCACCAGUUAGCAUGACCUGGGAGAAUGUUUGUGCAGUAUCCUCACCUGCUGCUGUCAGCACUGGCCUUAUUGGAGAGACUGGCUUCAUCCUACUGCCCAUCCAAGGGAGUCCUACAGCUUCUGAAAAUACUCAGUUACUUGGCGUUGUCUCAGGAGCAAUCAGUGACCUGCUGUUUUCCAUGGGAACACCAGCGAAGCCAGCCUGUCUUCCCUUGCUGAAUCCCCUGACCCCUCUUCUGAGGAGGAACCUUGCAGCCUGGCCUUGCCCCUGAGGCAGGGAGAGGAGUUGGAUCCAAAUGCGUCCUCGUCCCUCUUGCCUUAGAGCUGAUCCUGCUUCAGGUCACUGAGAACAUCUGCUGCUAAUUCAGCAUGACAUAAUAUCUGGUCUCCUGCCCCAUCCACAGGAUAAGUUUCUUGCUUCUUCUUGGUCCGUACAGAUGUGACUCCAGGUGUUCAGCUGUCUUGUCUGCUACAGCGCCCUGGGAUGCCAUCAGGAGCUCGAAUGCCCCAUCAGGGGGCUCCCAUGGGUCCUCCAGGCCCCCCAUACGUCGGAAGCCCCUCUGUGCGACCUGGGAUGCCCCAGACUGUGAUGGAAACAACAAGAAAACGCACUGCACCACAGCAGGUCCAGCAGCAGCAGGUGCAGCAGCAGGUGCAGCAGCAGCAGCAAGCCACCCAGAACCGAGCUAGGAGUGCCAAGAGGAGGAAGAUGGCUGACAAAAUUCUCCCUCAGAGGAUCCGGGAGCUGGUUCCUGAGUCCCAGGCCUACAUGGAUCUCUUGGCCUUUGAACGCAAGCUAGACCAGACCAUUAUGCGGAAGCGUGUGGAUAUUCAGGAAGCGCUGAAGAGGCCAAUGAAGCAAAAGCGGAAACUGAGACUUUACAUCUCCAACACAUUCAAUCCUGCAAAGUCGGAUGCCGAGGACUCCGACGGCAGCAUUGCUUCGUGGGAGCUGCGCGUGGAAGGGAAGCUUCUGGAUGAUCUCAGCAAACAGAAACGGAAGUUUUCGUCUUUUUUUAAGAGUUUGGUUAUUGAACUGGACAAAGAUCUUUAUGGACCUGACAACCAUCUUGUGGAGUGGCACAGAACUCCCACAACCCAGGAAACGGACGGAUUCCAGGUGAAGAGACCUGGGGAUGUCAGUGUGCGAUGCACGUUACUCCUCAUGUUGGACUACCAGCCCCCGCAGUUCAAGCUGGACCCACGGCUGGCUCGGCUGCUGGGGAUCCACACGCAGACACGCUCGGCCAUCAUCCAGGCACUCUGGCAGUACAUCAAAACUAACAAGCUGCAGGACUCUCACGAUAAAGAAUACAUCAACUGCGACAAGUACUUCCAGCAGAUCUUUGACUGUCCACGGCUAAAGUUUUCUGAAAUUCCUCAGAGACUCACUAACCUACUGCUGCCACCAGACCCAAUAGUGAUAAACCACAUCAUCAGUGUUGAUCCCAAUGACCAGAAGAAGACAGCGUGUUAUGACAUAGAUGUAGAAGUUGAAGACCCAUUAAAAGGCCAGAUGAGUAGUUUUCUUCUCUCAACAGCAAACCAACAGGAGAUUACAGCAUUGGACAACAAGAUUCAUGAGACAAUUGAGUCCAUAAAUCAGCUAAAAAUACAACGUGAUUUCAUGCUGAGUUUCUCCAAAGAUCCCAAAGGAUACAUCCAAGACCUUCUCCGGUCCCAAAGUAGGGAUCUUAAGGUGAUGACUGAUGUUGUGGGAAACCCAGAGGAAGAACGCAGAGCCGAAUUUUAUCACGAGCCAUGGUCUCAAGAGGCUGUGAGCAGAUAUUUCUACUGCAAGAUCCAGCAGCGUCGACAGGAAUUGGAACAAUCUCUGGGAGUGCGUAACACAUAAGUCUGCUCACAAGAUCCCAUUGGCAUCAUGACCACCAAACCAGUGGACUUUUCAGUGUUACUAGCUCACUGUUACACAUGGACCUGCUUCCUGACUGGAUGGGAAUGUACCAUUAACACACCAGUCAGAACACCAGCUUUACAGUGACCCUUGAAAAUCUUGCCCCUGGUGGGUGUCUCAAACCAUCCCAGGCCAGAGGCAGCACCAUACCACUGUCAAUGUGAAAGAAGACUAAAGGUUCAUUCAUCAGCGCUCAUUGUUACGUUUUAGUGGAAAGUUCAGACACUACACAGCAAAUCCUAAUGGGCUAAGCUUAGAGUCAUGGGUGGCACUGGUGGGGGAGGUUGAGGUAGGUGUUCUAGACGAUUACAGAUUUAGAGAAAUAAAUGCAGUUCUCAUUCUACAGUACCCAAGAGUCUCAAAUAGUAACUUAUCUGGAAUUAGACAAGAUAGUUGUUCUUAUAGCUGUGGAAUGUUUUAUACUCCUGAAGAGAGUUUUUAUUACAGAUGGGCCAGUGAAAGAAGCUGUCUCACCAUCUGAAAGAACAAACUACGAGGAUUUUCAUUCUCGUAGGAAUGUGGAGCCCCUCUCAAAGAAAGACGUACAGUCAGGACAUCUCUUCUGCAGAUGCAAUUCCUUCCUCUUCCCCUUGUCUUGGCAGUGAAAGGUAGACUGUGUCACAUAUCACUAGAUGGGUAUGAUCAAUGUCCUUUACCAAGAGGAUGAUCCCUGCAAUAAGAGCUUCUUAGGCAUCCUUAAUAUCAGUGGUAAUAGCAACAAAUGAGGCAUUCUGAGAAAAUGAAAAUAACAUAAAGGUGCUUUGCUUGAACACAGCAAAUACUAACAAUGAACAUAUAUGUAAAGUAUCAAAUUUCUUAAAUGUUUCUCUGUGUGUGCCUGCGGGAUUCAUCAUUGAAAAGAACUUUCUAAUUGUUGGUGCUGAAUCCAAGAAGCUUAAUUUCAUGUAACAUGGUAGUUUUCUCUUUUCUUCACAAUGUUAACAGAGUCCCUGGAUUGGUCUCACAUUUUGAUCAUGGGUGAACUGCCUCUUACUAUGAAAUACUUAGUUCCCCCAUACAUGAUAUGUGCUGGUUAUGUGGAAUGUUCUUGAGUUAUAAAGCUCUAUCAACCUUAAAUAGCACAAAGAACAUAUCCCUUAGAAAUCAUCAUCUUUGUAAAUGUAUGACAAAUUCAGACUAUGGGAAUUUAUAGCACAUUUACUUGGAAGCAGGGACAUCUUCCUUAAAUCCUUCCUCAUUUUUUGUAAUGGUAAUUAAUGGCCCAACAUGAAUUCUAGUCCAAAAAUCAGCUGCCAAAUAUAACUGUCCUUUAACAUCUUUGCUUUCACAUUAAUAGUGCCAUAGCUUUUACUCUGUCCAUUGUGUUCAGAGAUGUCUUGGGUAUAUAUUUACUUUUGAUUGUAGUCACGUGAGGGCAGUCCUGUCACAAAAAAAAGUUGGUGUGAGAAAAAGAAUAGCUCUAACUCUUUUCCUGGGGAUGGCUUCAUUUGGAACUAUUUUUUUUGUGUUAAAACCUCUUUUCAUAGUAAAAUGUGAAAUCCUGCAGUCUUAAACUGGUUAUAGUGAGGGGCUGUGAGGCUGCCAGACAGUGAUUGGCUUGAAAUCUUGCUUAAUUUAGGAUUCCACUAAUUGGACUACAGGAAAGCAAUGUGAGGGAAAACAGUGGGUGUCAUCUGCUACUGUGCUUCCAUAUUUGUUCCGCUGCUCUGUCAGUUGUGUGCACUGUGCUGCCCAGUGUAUAAAACUCUUUUCUGUACGUGGCAAACAGAGCAGCUAUGUUCAGGUGUUGAUUUCAGUCUGCAGGAAUAGGAAAUGCAGAGAAAGAUAUGAAAGGAUGUGAGAAGGAAAUGAGACUGAGAUAGAUGCCUGCAGGAUGUCUACCAGGGAAUUCUGGGGUUUGAGAGCCUUCCCACUGAAGUGGCAAAUAUUUUACAGAGAAAUAUCAGUCAUGUGCCACAGCUGGCGACAUACUGGAGUCCAGCCUGCUUUUAGGGCCUCUCUGUAGAAUUAAUUGGAUGGAUGUGGUUCCAAGUCUCUUUCAGAGCAAAUUAACAAAACUAAUGUGGUGUUGCUGCCCUGUGUUCACAACUGCGUCACUGAAAGCUGAAUCUGUGUUAAGCAGCAAUGCUGUACUGAAGUGUGUGUGUGCAUGAAUCAGCCACUGCAGAUGGCAAUCCAGAAUCUAAAUUCUUAUAUCCCACCAGCCUAUAAAAAGACUGGUCACCAACAGUGAGUCUUAGGAAUAGCUGUCAGGUGUCUUUCCUUUGGCUAAACUGGGGUUUGAUAGUUUGAUGCCUUUUUCCUGUGUUCAGGAGCAGUUCCGGUCUUUUACGGAAGAGGCAUAGUGAGAAAUUUUGUCCUCUGUUCCAGGAGUGCAGCUGGGAGCUUGCUUUUUUGCAAAACAAAGAGAAAUUUUAUUUGAAGAGAAGUGAUGGAGGAAGGAACUGGAAGGAAAUAGACCAAGUGCUGAUUGGGAGUACAAAAAUUAAAGGUAGUGGCACUGAACAAGCAGGUAAUUGUGGCAGACUGUGAAUGAGAAAUUCAUUUGAAGUUCAGGAUGGUUGUCUUUUUGUGUGUAUAAGAGGUGAUAAGAAGAUGUUUUGGAGUCUUAUUGCCACAGUACAAUACAAAUCUGUGCAUACUUAAAAAAACACAUUCUGUGCAUAGAAGGAGUUCAUGUAUACAUGACAAUAUAGAUCGUUAGAAAAUAGAGCAUCAAACUAGGAAAGGGUUCAGCAGAAUUCUGGAGUACCAGUAGAAAGGAAAAACAUACUGGAGCAGAAGUGUUGACAUGGCAGGUUAGAAACAGUCUUUUUAGUCUUUUGUGCUGUUGGCCAUGAGUCAGGACUCAGAUCAAGUGUUUCGUAGAGAUUAAAGAGGAAACAAAUGUUUGGUUAUGGAAUAAAGAGAAAAAUACAACAGUGGGAAAGGCAAUAAAAAGAUGGAGCAGGGUGCCACUGAAGUGCCAGUAAGACAUGGCACAAGAUAAUGCGCAGAGUACUGUUGGAAAUAGCACAGUCCAUGUGAGUCAGUGUGUUCUGUGUGCAUGUGUGUGUGUAUACAGGGAGAGAGCCCGUGGGAGAGCCAGGCUCAGCUGGUGUGUAGCCUGGAAAUGGUCAUGCAGGACAGAACCAAAAGUUCUGCAAAUAACUUUAAGACACACUGUCAAAACAUUUUCCACUGUUACCAGCAGGGAUUCAGUUGUUCAAUGUAGCAGGUUGGUAGUUGUAGUGCAGGCAUUGUCUCAGCUGGCAGGUUUUUUAAACCACAUUGUUAAGAAUUUAUCCUAGGGAAGCCGAGUGAAAAUAUUAGUGCAUACAUCAAUAUUGGUGCAUAUCCUAGGGCUCCUAAUUUGAGAAAAUGCUCAUCAGGUAUUUGGGGUUUGUUAGCCUGGUUUUGUGUGGAGAACCCUUUUAUGGCAGUGCAAAGGGAUGAGGAGGAAAAGAAUGCUAUUUUUUCCUAAAGAAAGAGGUCUCCUUCCUGUAACUGCUCUGUUGUUUAACAGGAUGUAUCUGUUUUGCCAGAUCCUGUAUGAUAUGUUUAAAUCUCAUUGAAGAAAGGAACUCCAUUUAAAAAAUACAACAGUGGGUUUGUGACAGUGAGCAAAUACCUGUAUAAAGAAUGAGGGGAAGAGAGAGACUCCCUCUACUCUCUAGCCACCAUGUCCUCAUUGUAUGAUGCCAAGUGAUUCGUAGAAAAGCUUUUAACAAUAAAUACUUUGUUUCUUUGUA